UUUUUUUUUGAGGUCAUGAAACGUGUACGCACAGAACAGAUUCAGAUGGCAGUGUCCUGCUACCUCAAGCGCCGUCAGUAUGUGGACUCGGAAGGUCCCCUAAAACAAGGGCUGAGGCUGUGUCAGACUGCUGAAGAGAUGGCAGCUAAUCUCACAGUCCAAUCUGAAUCUGGUUGUGCCAACGUUGUGUCUGCAGCUCCCUGCCUGGCAGAGCCACAGCAAUAUGAAGUACAAUUUGGACGAUUACGCAAUUUUCUCACAGAUUCAGAUUCUCAGCACAGCCAUGAAGUGAUGCCUCUUCUGUAUCCCCUCUUCGUCUACCUCCAUCUGAACAUGGUCCAGAAUGGCCUAAAAAGCACAGUGGACAGUUUUUACAGCCGCUUCCAUGGCAUGUUCUUGCAGAAUGCCAGCCAGAAGGAUAUCAUUGAGCAGUUGCAGACUACCAUGACUAUUCAAGAUAUCCUGUCCAACUUGAAGCUUCGGGCUUUUCUGGACAACAAGUAUGUCAUCCGCCUUCAAGAGGACAGCUACAACUACCUUCUUCGCUACCUCCAAAGUGACAACAACAAUGCCCUGUGCAAAGUUUUGACCUUGCACAUUCACCUGGAUGUGCAGCCUGCGAAGAGGACUGACUACCAGCUCUAUGCUGGUGGGAGCUCCUCACGCAAUGAGAGCAAUGGCCUGGAACCCAGUGAUGUGCCAGCUUCCAUUCUGCAGAAUGAGGCGGCACUGGAUUUACUGCAGGACAGCGUUAAACGUGUCAAGGAUGGGCCCCCUUCCUUAACAACCAUCUGUUUCUAUGCCUUCUAUAACACGGAGCAAUUGCUGAACACUGCAGAGAUUUCACCAAAUAGCAAGCUGCUUGCUGCUGGGUUUGAUAAUUCGUGUGUGAAGCUGUGGAGCCUGCGUUCCAGGAAGUUGAAAUCUGAGCCCCACCUUGUUGAUGUGUCCCGCAUCCGUUUGGCUUGUGACAUCCUGGAUGAGGAGGAAGAAGAGGAUGACAGUGCAGGCACAGAAAUGAAGAUCCUGAGAGGACACUGUGGACCUGUGUACAGCACAAGGUUCCUUUCAGACAGUUCAGGACUCUUAUCUUGUUCUGAGGACAUGUCCAUCAGAUACUGGGACCUCGGAAGUUUUACAAACACUGUGUUGUACCAAGGACAUGCCUAUCCUGUCUGGGAUUUGGACAUUAGCCCCUGCAGUCUGUACUUUGCCAGUGGUUCCCAUGAUCGCACUGCAAGGCUCUGGUCAUUCGAUCGGACGUACCCACUGCGGAUAUAUGCAGGCCAUUUGGCAGAUGUAGACUGUGUCAAGUUCCACCCCAAUUCCAACUACUUAGCGACAGGCUCCACGGACAAAACUGUGCGCUUGUGGAGCACUCAACAAGGCAACUCUGUACGGCUUUUCACCGGGCACCGUGGUCCCGUGUUAGCGCUUGCAUUUUCUCCCAAUGGUAAGUACCUGGCAUCAGCAGGUGAAGACCAGCGGCUAAAGCUGUGGGACUUAGCAUCAGGAACGCUUUACAAAGAACUGAGGGGUCACACGGACAACAUAACCAGCCUUACUUUUAGCCCUGACAGCAGUUUAAUUGCUUCAGCUUCAAUGGACAAUUCAGUCCGUGUCUGGGACAUUCGGAACACUUACUGCAACGCCCCUGCAGAUGGGUCUUCCAGUGAACUGGUUGGUGUAUAUACUGGACAAAUGAAUAAUGUACUGAGCGUACAGUUUAUGGCCUGUAAUCUUCUUCUAGUGACUGGAAUUGCACAAGAAAAUCAGGAACAUUGAUUUUUUUUUUUUUCUUAGGGAAAUGGGUAGGUGUAUUGAAUGCUAGAGUCCAUUGGAAGCUGAGAUUACUGACUGUGAAACACUUC